UCGUCAUGUUAUCCUCUUCAGUUUUCUUCCAACCCUGGCCUCUCCUCUCAUCUCACAGAUCCAUUCAGAUGUCCCUCCGCUUCUCCUCCCCUUCCAACUCCCAUUUUCACUCCCACGCCAAUUUCAUCCCCCACCACUUUUACACUCCCAUUCUCCUCUACGUCUCACCCAAAUCCAAAACUUCGUCCCUAAAGGUCGCCGCCGCCGCUGCCGCCUCGCCGCCGCAGAAGUCCCAACCCACAACCGCUCCUUCCUUCCGCAGCAAACCGCCCCACCAAGUAAACAUUCUCGUCGCGGGUUCCACUGGCUACAUCGGCAAAUUCGUCGUCAAGGAGCUGUGCCGCCGUGGCUUCAACGUCAUCGCCAUCGCUCGCGAGCGCAGUCGCGAUGAAGCGAUCCGUCAGCUCACAGGCGCCACCAUCUGCUUCUCUGACGUCACCGAUCCCGCCGCAUUGGAGCGCUCCCUCGACACCCUCGCCCUCCCAAUUGACGCAACCUAUUCCGGCGGCAUACAAGAUUCCUGGAAAAUCGACUAUGAAGCCAGCCAUAACAGCCUUGCCGCCGCCCGCCGGCAUGGCGCCGGUCACUUCGUUCUCCUCUCCGCCAUCUGCGUCCAGAAGCCACUGCUCGAGUUCCAGCACGCCAAGCUCAAGUUUGAAGCUGAGCUGGUCGACGAGAAGGCCAAAGAUCCCACUUUUAGCUACAGCAUUGUUCGGCCGACGGCGUUCUUCAAGAGCCUGGGCGGACAGGUGGAGACGGUGAAGGAUGGGAAGCCUUACGUGAUGUUUGGAGACGGCAAAAUGUGUUCUUGUAAGCCCAUCAGCGAGCAGGAUCUCGCUUCAUUCAUCGCAGACUGCGUGGUGGACGAGAGCAAGGCCGGAAAGGUUCUUCCGGUAGGCGGUCCGGGAAAGGCAUUGACCCCGAUGGAACAGGGAGAGAUGCUUUUCCGGCUGCUCGGCCGGGAUCCCAAGUUUGUGAAGUUGCCCAUAAGUUUGAUGGAUUUUGUGAUCACGGUUUUGGAGUUUUUGGCGAAAAUAUUUCCGGCCAUGGGGGAUGCGGCGGAGUUUGGGAGGAUUGGAAGGUAUUAUGCGGCGGAGAGCAUGCUGGUUUUAGACGAGGAGACAGGCCAGUACAGCGCUGAGCAAACGCCGAGCUACGGCACCGAUACACUCGAGGAAUUCUUUGCAAGAGUAAUUAGGGAGGGGAUGGCAGGCCAAGAACUGCGGGAGCAUAGCUUUAAUUUGCAGGGUAAAAAGUCGAUCGACACAUCUUUAAAAAAUUAAUAAUUCUUGUAACAAGAGGAUUCCUGUGUCCUAAUGCAAUUACUUUUCAUACAAAUUUUUAAAUUUUUGCUUCUGGGCGGCGUAUAUGGGACGUA